UCAGCUCGCGUCGAGUGGUAGAACUUCGCACGCAACUGCAUUACCGCCGCAACCCGCGGCGACCGUAUUAAGUCACCAUCCUGUCCCGCGUCAGUCGCGACAUGUCACCGACUAGGGGCGGGUGAUGUCGUAUGCGGAUGUUAACCUCAUGCUGUUUAAAGCUCGUUCAUCAUUCUCUAGCCGAGGUAUAGAGCGCUGCGGUGGCGAAUGAAACGUGCCCUUGUUCUGAAGCACCUUUUAAAAGUCUUUCAGCCGAGCCCCUGUUCGGUCGGGGUUUUUGUUACGUUCGUGGCACGUAGCAAUACACGCUUAUCACAGUGAACGGCACGUUAAUCUGGUCUAGUGUCUAGUUUAGGCUAAGCCAGAGCACACCACCAUUACAGUAGACCGUUUUGGGUCUAAAAGUUGCAAUCCAAACCACAUACCGCCCCAAAAAAGCACAUAAUGUUUCCGUUGCUUACAGCGAAACAUUUGUUUUUUGUGCUCGUGUUCUCACUGAUUGGCCUCACCUACUGGAUAGUGACAGUGGAACGUGACCCGUCCAACGAUACGGCAACGCUGGAAGAGGAGCUCCAUCUCAUACUGAACGCUGCCCGACUCGACGAUGGUUCACCGGACCCGGAUGGAUCGCCCGGUGAUAUGGGACUGCCGGUGAUACUACCGGAUGUGUUACCGGCGAACGUUCGCGAGCUAGUGCGGAAAGGUUGGAACGAGCAGGGUCUCAAUCAGUACGUGUCGGAUCUGAUCCCGCUGCACCGACGGCUUCCGGAUGUGCGUGACGCGUGGUGCCGGGAACAGGAGCAGGAGCGACGGCGGCGUAAUGUCGGUCCCGGGACAUUGCCCCGCUCGGCCAUAGUGAUCGUGUUCUACAAUGAGGCCUGGUCGGUGUUGCUGCGUACCGUACACUCCGUGCUGGAUCGAACACCCACCGAGCUUAUCGAGGAGAUUGUACUCGUGGACGACUACUCGACAAUGAGUCACCUGAAGGGACAGCUGGAUGAGUACAUUGCGCCGCUCGCGAAGGUACGAUUGGUGCGUUCUUCAGAACGGUUGGGUUUGAUCAAGGCACGGCUACUUGGAGCGAAAUCAACCACAACCAAUAUCAUCACUUUUCUCGAUGCGCACUGUGAGGUCAUUGAAGGCUGGCUCGAGGCACUGAUUGCCCACGUUGCGAACGAUGAAACGAUGAUCGCCAUACCGGCUAUCGAUUGGAUCCACGAGGAAACGCUUGCGCUGAAUGCACAGAACUCCGUCAAGUAUUACGGGUCGUUCGAUUGGGCGUUGAACUUCCAGUGGCGCAGUAGAGAGGAAAGAAUAGCAAAGCACGCCCCGAACAGCACAGCUCCAGUGCAUCCGGCAGCACCGUACGACACACCCAUCAUGGCCGGCGGACUGUUCACUAUCCAUCGCACCUUCUUUCAGCGGCUCGGCUGGUACGACGAGGAGAUGAAGAUAUACGGCGGCGAAAACAUGGAGCUCUCCUUCAAGGCGUGGAUGUGUGGUGGAAAGAUCCAGAUAGUGGCAUGCUCCCGGGUAGCACACAUUCAGAAGCGCGGCCAUCCCUAUCUGCUCGAGAUCCCCGGCAGCUUUGGCCUUAUCAAGCGUAACUCGGUCCGGCUGGCGGAGGUCUGGAUGGAUGAGUACGCGGACUAUUACUACGAAACGUUCGGAGGCCGUGAGAAGCGCGGUGACUUUGGAGAUGUGACGGCUCGGAAAGAAUUGCGCGAGCGACUUCAAUGUCGACCGUUCCGGUGGUACCUUGAGCACGUCUUUCCGGAACAGUUCGAUCCGAGCAAGGCUGUAGCACGGGGUGUGAUACAGUUCGGAGGGGAGCUCCCGAACGGCUACCGGUUGUGUCUGGACUGGCCAAUGAAGUUGACGCUUGUUGGCUGUCACGGUACCGGGGGGCAUCAGCUCUGGUACCUCACCAAACAGGGUCAGGUAACGCGCGAAGAUCACUGCCUGGAUUAUGACGGUAAGGAGCUGGCAAUGUUCCGCUGCCACGGUUUGGGUGGCAAUCAGCAGUGGAGUUGGGACCCGCAGACAAAGCUGCUGAAGAAACUCACCUAUGACCGGUGCCUUCAGUGGGACCUCGAACUGUCGCUGGUGGUGUGUGAUCCGAACCAGCCCAAGCAAAAGUGGUUGAUGCAAAACUACAAGCCAAACAAUCUGUGA